CAAUGAACAAUUUCUCUGGUCAGCUACCGCCAGAACUAGGCAAUUUAAACAAAUUAAAAAUACUUAGUCUUUUCAGUUCUGGAGUUAGUGGCGAGAUUCCUUCAACAUUUGAAAAUCUCCGAAGCUUGGAACAAUUGUGGGCAUCAGAUAAUGAGCUUACAGGCAAGAUUCCAUAUUUCAUAGGAAGUUGGUCAAAUCUUACUAACAUGGUAUUACAAGGAAAUUAUUUUCAAGGGCCUAUACCAUCAACGUUUGUGAAUCUGACUUCUUUAGUACAAUUGUGAGUAACAUGCUCAAUACAAAUCUAUCUACAAAUUUUUAAAGCUAAUAAUCUUAAGUGUGAACUAUAUACAUAUGUUGGCGGUUGAGUGAUAUAUCUAAUGCAA